ACCAUCGGACCUUUCCAAGAUGGCGCCAGCGUCGCAUACUUAUCGUCGCUAUUAUUACAGACACUUCCGGUUGUGCCGAACGCAGGCAUUUGAGGCCUGGGGGAGACCGUGCCGGGUCCGGGUUUGCGCUGAGACGCUCUGGCGCCAGAAUGGACCGGAGGAAAAAGCCUUUGGAUGUUACGGCCUCCUCGUUGGUAGACCUUAAGGCUGAACUCUUCCGAAAACAAGAAGAAUUCAAACAAGAAAAACUUCUAAAAGAUUCUGGAGUUUUAGGAAAACCAAAAACAACUACUAAGAAACCAAGUAUCUGGAGCAAACAGAAUGCAGGAGUUUCAAAUCGAGCUGAGAAGGAUGCAGAACAGAAGAUCGAGGAACAGAAGACUUUAGACAAAGCAAGGGAGAAAUUGGAAGAAAAAGCCAAAUUAUAUGAAAAAAUGACUAAAGGAGACUUUAUAGAUGAAGAAGUGGAGGAUAUGUACCUUGUGGAUUUCACGCAGAAGAUCAUAGACAAACACAAAGAAAUGGAGGUGUUUGGUGCCAAUAGAGAUUCUAGAAAGGCAGCAGAAAGAGAUGAUGAUGAAGAAAAUCUUUCUGAAAAAGAUAUACCUCCUCCGCAGGACCCCAGUGAAGAAUGGGUGGAUUAUGUGGAUUCUUUAGGGCGAUCUCGGCGCUGUAUGAAAAAGGAUUUGCCAGAUUUGCUGGAGAUGGAUAAAAAUCUUCAAGGGAGGCUUUUCGUUAGUCCUGCUAAUGAGAAAACCUUAUUAUCCGAAGAUAUGAGAAAAGAACUUCAGCGCCAGCAAUGGGAGGAAGAAGAAAGAGAGGCCUUGAAAAGGCCAAUGGGGCCCAUACAUUAUGAAGACAUUCGUGAAAAUGAGGCCCGGCAACUUGGUGUUGGAUAUUUUGCUUUUGCUCGAGAUAAAGAGUUGAGAAAUAAGCAGAUGAAAACGUUAGAGAUGCUGCGUGAACAGACAACAGAUCAGAGAACAAAACGAGAGAACAUAAAGGAAAAGCGAAAGGCUAUGUUAGAAGCAAGACUUGCUAAACUCCGACAAAAAAAGAUGAAAAAGUCAAAAGAAGAUGGAGCAGAGGAAGAAAAUAGAGAAGGGGAUGUUAUUGGACCUUUGCCACCAGAACCAGAGGCUGUGCCAACUCCACGUACUGCUGCCCAGAGUAGCAAAGUGGAAGUCAUUGUUCAGGAGAGGAAGGAUACCAGGCCCGGAGUGCCCCAUGUCCGAGAGUGGGACAGAGGAAAAGAAUUUUCCUUUGGGUACUGGUCGAAGAGGCAGUCAGAUCUCCGGGCCGAGAGAGAUCCUGAGUUUGCUCCACCAUCAGAUUACUUUGUGGGUCAAAAGAGAACUGGUACCUUUGGUAGCCAGACAUGGAACAGACCUGCACCUACACAGAGUGACUCAGGACAGCGCUCUGGACAGAGCCAUGACCCCAGCUCUUCACAUACAUCAUCCACUCCUGCCCCCAGCAGGCCACCACAAGCCGCCACAGUCACUUUUGAAACUCUGGAUGAUAUGAUAUCAUAUUAUAAACAAGUGACAUGAACUUCAAAACCAUUCUCACUUGGGUCUAUACUGUGAUGGUGCCUUUUUCUCCCAAAUUAGGGAAAAUAUAACUUAGAGACAGAAUAUUACCUUUCUCCUCCUGUCCUUCCCCUAGAAGAUACAGACUUCAGGUUGGAUUUGUCAGCAAGGAAGAAAGUGAAUGGUACUUCGGGAAUUCUGUGGCCACUUGGCCGUUCAUUUCUUUCUGAUUGAUAUGGUGACCUGUCCGUCUGGAUUUGUGUGUAAGCUGUCAUAAUAUGACCCCGAGGAGUUUGUAAUCCUGUUUCCUACCCGCUCCCUUGGCUUAUUUGAUUUAAGGGUUCCAUUCCUUUCCUUUUGCAAAUACUAGCAUGCAGUUCUCUUUGUUCCAAGGA